AUGAAGUUCAACAUCGCACUCGCAGCCGCUUUCAUAGGCCUUGCCGAAACCAGCGCCAUCCCAGCCGAUACAGCCAACUUGAAUGUCCUGGCUCGCCGUGAUCCCGAAGACAAGUCCGGCAACUCUCAGUUCAUCCUUACCUGUGAUACUCAAGCUCUCCCUGUCACUGGCGGUGCCGUUGGUGAAGGCGAAGGAGGCGAUAGUACACAAAACUCCGGCUUAUAUUUCAAUGCCCAGGGCACUAAGGUCGAGGCCGAACCCGACCAGUGUACCUCCGAGGACCCCUUCUGCACCAACUGCCUCUUCUCGGGACAUGACCUCAGCUCGCCUACCAAUGUCACUGGGUGCUACAACGCGGCUAGUGGUGACAAAGGCUGCACUAUUAAAUUUGAGUAUGGAGAUACGGACUACAACAACGAUGAUGGCGUGCCCAGUUGUGGCCACGAAGAUAAGAAUGUGCCUUUCGGUUCUAAGCUUAGCGCUUUCUGCUACUUUGAUGUUUGA